ACAAAGUCAAAAUAAUGUGUUUUAAAUACAUGGGCUUCCCGCUGCUCCUGGUAUUUAGCACUUUGGGACUGGUACGAGCUGCGUUGGAAGUUCGUAUGGAAUUUAUCACAAAAAUUGAAGGAGACUCUGAAACGCUGUUUGAAUUCAACUAUCGACUUCUCGGACGUGAACACCUUCUGAACGGGACAAUGGUUUUCCACGUCGACUUGGGUAAUGAAUUCGAAUUGUCAAACGAAUUAUUUUAUCAUCACGAUGGAGCGUGGUGGCCCUCGACUCUUGGCGUUUGUUUUAAGACCUGCGCAUAUUUGAAGACUAUUUAUGACAAGUAUUUUGCGCUUUCUUCUAAGGACUCAAAUUUUCCAAGUGGUACCUGUCCAAUCAAAAAGGGUGAAUAUUAUGUAAGAAACGUAGGUGUGUCCGCCGAUUCUUGGGCACAAUAUACCAAAACUGGUUUAACCAAGUUCAUAUUGAAGAUAAAAAAGAAAAACAUAGUAUAUGGUGGAUUUGAAGCUAUUUUAGUUUUAAAAGAGAAAAACACCUAACUUGGUUUUCGAUUACCACAUCCAAAAAAAUAUCAUAGAAACAAAACUAUUGGAUAUGAAAAAUAUAUAAAAUGAGUAUUCCAAUAUUUCUACGAACGUAUGGAAAUAAAACCCAUGUGGCUUAAAAAUAAAAGGACUACUGUUUUGAGCUCAUCA